AUGACAUUCAAGACUCCUAUUGGUAUGUCCCCAUAUAAGUUAGUCUAUGGUAAAGCCUGUCACUUUCCAGAUGAGUUGGAGCAAAAAGCAUAUUGGGCAACAAAGUUCCUAAACUUUGAUGCCAAGGCCGUAGAAGAGAAGAGGCUCUUUCAACUGAAUGAGCUUGAUAAAUUCAGAAAUUUAGCUUGUGAGAAUUCCAAGCUCUAUAAGAAAAAGGCCAAGGUGUGGCAUGACAAGAAGAUAGCCACCAAAACUUUUGAGCCAGGUCAGAAAGUCUUAUUAUUCAACUCGAAACUCAAGCUCUUCCCCGAAAAGCUGAAGUCCCAGUGGUCAGGACCGUUUGUAGUGACUAGAGUGUCACAGUUUAGUCAUGUGGAAUUUCAGGAAGAAAACUCAGAUAGAAGGUUCACUGUUAAUAGCCAUAGGCUGAAGCACUAUCUUGGAGGCGAGGUUGAUUGCCAGAGGUCUACUCAGCUGCUAACUUAG